UCUACUUAAAAUCGAGUACACUCGUAAACGUAGUGAUACGAGUUUGUUUUUACUAAAGAAUGAUUAUUAUUGGACACGUAGAUGUGACGAAUUGGAUGUAACAAAAAAUUAUGAUUUAUUUAAUACUCAAGUAUUAAUGCAAAUAAAUCAUUUAAUUUAGUAAAAUGGAUAAAGUCACAUCAAUUUCCGCUCUCCUACUUUUAUUAUAUUCAGGAACAAUUAAAUCGCAGUUUAUAAAUAAUCCAAAUAUCGAAAAUGGAAAUUUCAGAAUUCAGCCGUGCACAUUAGGAGAUAUUAAAACUUCAGUAAUUAACUUCAAUACAUGUCUCUAUAAAGAAUAUCAGUUACGAAGAUUAAAACAGGAAUUCAUAACUACAGAAAGUAUUGCAGGUAACCUAAGAAACUGCUUUAUUGAAUUUUGCCAAUUAAGAUGCCAAAUCAAGCAAUGGAUCGUCUUUGAAUACGCUUUAAAAAAUAUGUUACCAGCUAUCAGGAGUUUCUCCGAUAAUAGUUAUCAAAGAACAUUAAAUGAUAAUCGUCGCUACGAACUGCAGAGAUGUCUGAAUCAAAUUAAUUAUUCCAAUAUACAACCAUGCUUGCCCCCUCUUUACAGUUAUAUUUCUCAAAAUACGUAUAGUAAAGAUACAAGUUCAAUUUACUUCAGUCAUGCUCGGGCAUGCAUAACUAUGGUGUACAAAUCUUGUCCUUCUUUAUUGAAGAAUAUUAUUAUAGAAUUGGUGAUGUCAAUUGGUCAGACUCAAUUGUAUCCAGAUCCUUUUUAUUACAAUCCAGUCUAUAUAAACCAACAAAUUUCUAGCAAUUUAGGAAAUUUUUUCGGUAUAUCGUCAUCAUUUCUCUAUAAUUUCUUCCAUGAAAAAGCGACUUCCCUAAGACAACAAGAAAUAUUUUUCAGACUUCUGGAGAGAUUAGCAUUUGGAUUAUUUAAAAACUUUAAUAAUUCUCCUCAUCCACCUAUUUCUUUUACGAGAAAUUUGAAUGAUACAUCUCUAACGAGAAAAUCUAUUUUAUUUCCACCAUCAUUUUAUAAACUAUUAUAUCAGUAUGUAAAAUCUAAAUGGCCUAAUCAUUUUACACCUACUCACGAGGAAAUAAUUUUCAAUCAUCCUAUGAAAACAGCUUUAGAAAAUUGGUUAUCGACAAUGAAAACUACCUCUUCAACAAUGAAUCAUGAUAAAAUAUUGGAUAUUUAUAGUAAGAAUAAAAUUUCUAUUACAACGAAAGAAAACGAAGAAACUGAAGAAUCGAUGAUAAUUCAAAAAGAUGCAAUAAAAAGAAAUAAAGAAAUGGACCAAUCAGUGAUUACUCGAACAUCAGAAACACAAAGAGAAGAGAAGCGGGCGGAAGAACUUACAACAACGGCAGUAGAAUCUACAACAGAAGGAGAAGAAAUGGCAGAACCAGUAAUUACUGAAACUGCAGAAACACAAAAAGAAGAGAAGCGCGCAGAAGAACUUACAACAACGGCAACAGAAUCUACAACAGAAGGAGAAGAAAUGGCAGAACCAGUAAUUACUGAAACUGCAGAAACACAAAAAGAAGAGAAGCGCGCAGAAGAACUUACAACAACGAAACAGGAAAUGGCAGAACCAGUAAUUACUCAAACACAAGAUAUGCCUGCAGAGAAACAGGAAAUGGCUGAACCAGUAAUUACUCAGACACAAGAUAUGCCAACAGAGAAACAGGAAAUGGCUGAACCAGUAAUUACUCAAACACAAGGUACACCAACAGAGAAACAGGAUGUGGCUGAACCAGUAAUUACUCAAACACAAGUAAUACCGACAGAAAAAGUAGAAAUGACAGAACGAAGAGUUACUGAAACAUCUGGAAUACAAAUAGAGAAACAAAAAAUUGCAGAACCAGUAUUUAUUCAAUCACAAGGUAGAACAGAGAAACAAAUAAUGGUUGAAACAAUGACAUCCAUGAAGACAGAAAGUUCAACAGAAGGUAUAGAAUUGUCAGGAAAUGGUAGCGAAUAUUCUGAGGAAACAACAAGGUAUGUAGCAACUGUAGCUAAUAAUAAAGAAUAUAAAACUAAGAGGAUGUUUCCAGAAAGGAGUAACAAUUCUGAAGUAAAUCAAAUUAUUAAUGAAGAUACUUAUUUGGCUUUAAAAAAUAGCAUGGACAGUAUCUCAUAUUUUAUAAGUAGACUGUUAAGAUUUGAUACUUCAAAAUUUAAUAAGAGAUCAGUAGUUUCAAAUACAUAUAAUGCCACAAGGAAUAAAAUUAUACCUUUAAAAUCAAAAUUUAAUAGGACAUCACUGCUUUCAAAGAAACAAGAAAUGGCUGAACCAGUAAUUACUCAAACACAAGGUAUGCCAACAGAGAAACAGGAAAUGGCUGAACCAGUAAUUACUCAAACACAAGGUAUGCCAACAGAGAAACAGGAAAUGGCUGAACCAGUAAUUACUCAAGCAUUUGGUUUUAACCAUAUUUCAUUGUUGAGAGUUGUUGUUAAUUGGAAGUGGAUAUUUUUCGUCGACUGA